CGAAGGCCUCUGGGAAAAGCGGGGGAGGGGAAAGCGAGAGAAGGAAGCCGGGAUGCGGGGCUAGAGGAGGGCCCAGGCGGCGAGCGGAGCCUCAGGAAGCAGAAGGGGCGGGGAAAGACGCGACUGACGCGGCAUGCGGGCCAAUGACGAGCGAGUUCGGGUGGACGGCCAGCCAAUGGGCUGUGCGGCCUGGCGCAGGGGGCGGGCGCCGGGGCCGAGGGUAGCUUGAGCGCGGCGGCGGCGUUGUUCAGUCACAGGGAGAACAUUCCAGAGGUCGCCAGGCCCCGGGCGCUGAAGGGUGUGGACCCCGGACGUCGCUGGGACAGCCCCUCCCCGCUGCUCGGCGGCGCCUGGCCCGGCCGCUGCUCGCUGCGCUGCCUCCGCCGCCUCCGCCGCCGCUUCUCGGACUCGGGUUCGCGCGCGCCUCACUUCAUCCCAGUCCCGGGCGAGCAGCGUUGGGUUUAUGUCUUUAUUUGACGAAAACGAGCUGUUGCGCAGCCAUUGGUACCUGUAUUGGGGAAACAUAGCAUACAAGCAAGAAGCUUACAGCCUCAGUGGCGAAAAAUUUUUCAUGUCAGAGACCGAGAACUCUUGCAGUCGUUUAUGUCAUCCCUUCUUCUCCAGACAGAGGAUACCAAAAAGUUGCAAUCAAAGAUCUCUUCAUCUUAUUGAUAAAGCCACUAAUAAGCCAAAAUGUCUGUCAACGUCAACCGCAGCGUGUCAGACCAGUUCUAUCGCUACAAGAUGCCCCGUUUGAUUGCCAAGGUUGAGGGCAAAGGAAAUGGAAUCAAGACAGUUAUAGUCAACAUGGUUGACGUAGCCAAAGCGCUUAAUCGGCCUCCAACGUAUCCCACCAAAUAUUUUGGUUGUGAACUGGGAGCACAGACCCAGUUUGAUGUUAAGAAUGACCGUUACAUUGUCAAUGGAUCUCAUGAGGCGAAUAAGCUGCAAGACAUGUUGGAUGGAUUCAUUAAAAAAUUUGUUCUCUGUCCUGAGUGUGAGAAUCCUGAAACGGAUCUGCAUGUCAAUCCAAAGAAACAAACAAUAGGUAAUUCUUGUAAAGCCUGUGGCUAUCGAGGCAUGCUUGACACCCAUCAUAAACUCUGCACAUUCAUUCUCAAAAACCCACCUGAGAAUAGUGACAGUGGUACAGGAAAGAAAGAGAAGGAAAAGAAAAAUAGAAAGGGCAAAGACAAGGAAAAUGGCUCCGUGUCCAGCAGUGAGACACCACCACCACCGCCACCCCCCAAUGAAAUCAGUCCUCCGCAUGCUGUGGAAGAAGAGGAAGAUGAUGAUUGGGGGGAGGAUACAACAGAGGAAGCUCAAAGGCGAAGAAUGGACGAAAUCAGUGACCACGCGAAAGUUUUAACCCUCAGUGAUGAUUUGGAAAGGACUGUUGAAGAGCGUGUCAAUAUCCUGUUUGAUUUUGUUAAGAAAAAGAAAGAAGAGGGUGUUAUUGACUCAUCUGACAAAGAAAUUGUAGCUGAAGCAGAAAGACUGGAUGUAAAAGCCAUGGGCCCUCUUGUUUUGACUGAAGUUCUUUUUAAUGAGAAAAUUAGAGAACAAAUUAAGAAAUACAGGCGCCAUUUCUUACGAUUUUGUCACAACAACAAAAAAGCUCAACGGUACCUUCUUCAUGGCUUGGAGUGUGUGGUAGCAAUGCAUCAAGCUCAGCUCAUCUCCAAGAUUCCACAUAUCUUGAAGGAGAUGUAUGAUGCAGACCUUUUGGAGGAAGAAGUCAUCAUUAGCUGGUCAGAAAAGGCCUCUAAGAAAUAUGUCUCAAAAGAACUUGCCAAAGAGAUUCGUGUCAAAGCGGAACCUUUUAUAAAAUGGUUGAAGGAAGCAGAGGAAGAAUCUUCCGGUGGCGAAGAUGAUGAUGAAGAUGAGAACAUUGAGGUGGUGUAUUCAAAGACUGCCAGUGUACCGAAAGUUGAAGCUGUGAAGUCUGACAACAAGGACGAUGACAUUGAUAUUGAUGCCAUUUAAAGGGGUGGGUGCAGCCCAGCUUAACAGUGUAAUGCUGAGAAUCUUUCUGCAUCAUCAGCCAGAAGUGCAACAUGUAUGUGCAAAAGCUAAAAUGGCUUAAUGUCAUGCUACACUUUCUACUAAAAAUGUAUUGCUGUGGGUGGUCUGUAUUUAAACCCAACAAGACAUCUAGGGAGUCCAUACACAUAUCAGUGAGCAGAUGUAGUUUGCUUAUUUACAGCAUGUUUCUUUUUGAAAAUUUAGUGGUGGACACAUUUGGAUCACAUUUUUACAGUUAUAAAAACAAAGAUUUGAUUUUGGUCGUUCUUCACAUUUUUGGCUCUGAUUGACUUAAGUAAGCUAAAAUAAUUGACUCCUUUAAAAAAUGUUGCACCAUCAUUUAAUCUGAUAGGAUUAUUGGAGCCUGUUAGGUAUUGUUAGGUGCUGAGACUGUAAAGAGGUCUCAGCAGAAGGUGAACAUGAACUUACCAAUACCUCACUCAGUCAUUAAGAAAUGUAGUACUUUCAAGUCUUUAUUUCUAGUCCCUCAGAUGGGCAUCUGGUAAUGCACAUUCUUCCCAUGCCAAGGUGGACGGAUGAUCAAAUGACAGUGCAACGCCUUUAUCUCACUGAGAUGUUAAAAUGACCCGAGUGUCCUAUAAAUAAUUCUAAGAACAGGUUUUGAAACUUGAAUUGGUUUUUUUUUUUUUUUUUCAUCUAUACUUGCCCCAAAUUGUAGUCUUUGAAGUCAUGUGCAUUGCACGUUGGAUGAGCCAGGGGAAUUACUACAUUAACAUAAGCAUUUUAUUAUGUGUAUGUAGCUCUUGCUUUAUACUGAGAGAAAACUGAAACUUUGGGGAGUGAUUAGUAAGCUCUACGAUUUUAUUUGGGGGAAGCAGGAAAAGGUAAACUUAAUCUCUAGCAAAAACUGAGCAUAAUUUUUCAGCAUUUACUCUUGAUUCAAAUUACAAUUUCAAAAUAUUUAGACAUACUGUAUCUUUUGUUCAGUGUGGAUUUUUCCCUUGAUAAACUGGUUCUUUGAUGAUUUCUGCAUUUGGACACAUAGCUUAUACUUCUUUGGGUUUUUUGUUGCUAUCUUGCCAAAAUAAGUGUUAACUAUAUCUCAAAUUCCCCCCACCCCCCAAAAUGUCUUAUUUUUUAAAAAAGCUAAAAGCAUACUUCUGAGAGCCUAUAUUUUGGUGUAAGACUUGGGGUGUUUUUUAUUUUCACAAUGAAUAUUGUGAGAUACCCGGGAAGUCUGUGAUGAUGGCAACUGAAAGCAGGUGACGAGGGCCUGACCCAGCCCAUCCUGGGCUUUAGAUUUGGAAAUAACUUGCUUGUGAUUUGCUUACCCAGUUUGCUGAUGUAAACUCACUUGAUAGAAGGGCUUAUGAUUACAUCUGAGAAAUCAUCUUGAGGAAGCAAAUUUACACAAAAAGUACACUGUGGGAAUCAAAAUGCAUGGAGUGAAUUUUUAUUGGAGCACUGGCUUAUAUCAUUCACCUCUUUGUGAUCCAUCUCACAGAUUACAAUGAGACCUUAACAAAUGUAUGUAAGUUUUUUUCACAUUGAAAUUAUAUAAACAUUUGGUAUAAUAAAACCUUGUUAGCUUGAUAUUUUAAGAAAUUAAACCCUGGCGGUCUUACUGGAGAGGUACAAAUUGGUCUCCAGCUGCCUUUCUUGAUAGAUUUUGAUGAGAUUGAAGGAGAGCCAUAUACCUACCUGGAGGGAAUGUGCUUUGUCGCACCAAAGAGAAGAGGUCUUUGCAAAUUCAUGUCUCACCUAGGUUUUAAAUUUUUACCAUUAUCUGAAAUUGUUUAGGGGGGAUCAAGUUGCAUUCAGCAUACCCAUUAUCAAGCUAAUGAGGUUCUGUUAUAGAGGGUUUUUUUUCCCUUUUUCUUCCUUUUUUUUUUUUUUUUUUCUUUCCCCCUUAAAUCUGAAGGAAAACUUUCAAGGCUUCUAAACACUAAAAAGAAAAUUUUGGCUUAGACCACUGUUCAGUCUAGUGCCAAACUUUCAGUGGAAUUCAAAUCCACAUAGUAAGGAGUUUAUUCAUAGCGGCUAUCCUAAUAGAGUGAUCUUUCACUUUGCUGUAUUCAACUGUCUUAAAACUUCCUGUUUGAAACAGCUAUGUUACGUGAUUAAAACAAUGUUAAAAUUA